CUGCUGCUGCUGCUCUGGCACUGCUGGGUCCGGCCGGCCGGCGCCGACAACGCCAGCCAGGCGUACUACACCGCCCUCAUCAACGUGACGGUGCUGAGCCCCGAGCGGGGCGGCCCCACGCUGCUGAGGAUCGACCGCGGCCGCUACGGGCAGGAUUCCCCCAAGGUGGAGGUCAAGGGCCUGCUGGUGGCUCCCGUCCCCAUCAACGGAGUUGCAGAUCGACUCGGCUGUGACCCUCGAACACGUUUCCAGGUUCCACCGAACACCAAGCAGUGGAUUGCUUUACUACAGCGAGGAAACUGUACAUUUAGGGAGAAAAUACUGCGAGCAGCUUCACAUAAUGCCACAGCUGUGGUCAUUUACAACAAUAUAUCCAGUGAAGAACCUGUCACAAUGACUCAUCAAGGAACUGGAGACAUUGUUGCUGUCAUGAUUACAGAAUCGAAGGUUAAGGAGAUCCUGAAUUACUUGGAAAAGAAUAUCUCUGUCCUGAUGGCAAUAGCAGUGGGGUCCCGUGUUCCUCCAAAAAACUUCAGUCGGGGCUCUCUAGUCUUUGUGUCAAUAUCAUUCAUAGUUUUGAUGAUAAUUUCUUCAGCAUGGUUAAUAUUUUACUUCAUCCAGAAGAUCAGGUACACGAGUGCACGUGACAGGAAUCAGCGUCGUCUUGGAGAUGCUGCCAAGAAAGCCAUCGGUAAAUUGACAACGAGGACAGUAAAGAAGGGUGAUAAGGAAACAGACCCAGACUUUGAUCAUUGUGCUGUCUGCAUUGAAAGUUACAAGCAGAACGAUGUUGUUCGCAUUUUACCAUGCAAGCAUGUUUUCCACAAAGCCUGUGUGGAUCCAUGGCUUAGUGAGCACUGUACGUGUCCAAUGUGUAAACUGAACAUUUUGAAGGCACUGGGAAUUGUGCCAAACGUGCCAUGUACAGAUAAUGUAGCCUUUGAUAUGGAAAGGCUCACCAGAGGCCAGCCAGCUAGCAGGCGUUCAGCACUCGGAGAUUUUGCCAAUGACAGCUCUCUCAGCCUGGAGCCCCUGCGCACCUCUGGGAUGUCACAGCUUCCACAGGACGGAGAGCUAACACCAAGGUCGGGAGAGAUCAACAUUGCUGUGACAAAAGAAUGGUUUAUUAUUGCCAGUUUUGGCCUCCUCAGUGCCCUUACACUCUGCUACAUGAUCAUCAAAGCCACAGCUAGCUUGAAUGCUAAUGAAGCAGAAUGGUAUUGAAGAAACGCUUUCCGGCUGAUUACCUUGGAGAGAGACACCUAUUUUUAUGCAUCAUUUAUCGAUCAUGCAGCACAAGCAAUUAUUUAGUACAUUCUAUUUUUUCAUAAAAUUUGCUGAUGCCAAAGCUUUGUAUUAAGGAAAAAGUGAAGAAAUAAAAAAACUUUAAUUAUGAAA